AUGUGGCUUGCCACCUUGUGCUGGUAUCGUGUUGUGCAGGUCUGCCUCGGUGACGGGGCGGACUGUUUGAGCGUCGUUGUAUUCCAUUUAAUUCAUAAUAGGUGGGCGAGCAGUCCAUCUCAUGUCGCCUCUGUGUGUGUGUGUGGUUGAUGCAGCCGUUGGUGUGUGCUGGAGUGAUGUCUGAGUGUCACGACAGCCACAUGGCCUCCGCUGCCAUGGCGGACGGUGACGACGAAGGUACGGAGGUACACCACACACCCUACAACAACACAUCACACACACUCCUCGCCAUUGCGUGUGUGUGUGUGUGUGUGUGUGCCUUCGAUGGUGUGUGCAGGCGAUGUAGAUGAGGAGGAGCAUAGCGGCACUGGACAGGCGGAGGGCUCAGAUCGCAAUGACGCAGACAGCGGUAAGUGAUCAGACCUGUCACACAGACCAUUCGACGCACACACACCAGCAGCACCCUCAUGACAGGUGUGUGUGUUGGUGUUCAGGCGACCAGCAGCAGCAGGAGGACGGGAUGGCCGAUGAGAUGGCCGAUGGUGAGGAGGGUCCGCAGGUACCAGAUGGAGACGAAUCGGUGAGGCACUCAUAAACACCAACACUGGUCCAUGCGAUGGAGGCACAAACGUCGCUUUCCGCCCCUCUUUGUUGUGUGUCAGGAUGGCAUGCAGGAGGAGGAUGGUGACGACGACCAAGAUGACGAUAUCGAUGACAGAGACUCGGACGACGACUGGGAAUAUGAGGAGGAAGGUACGCCAGACAGACGCGAGAGAAGAUCCCACGCACCGUCCGUUGUGUGUGGCUGUGUGUGUGGCAGGUUGUCCUCUCGUGGACCUGGCGGAUCCCACUGUCCCUGUGCCUGAUGGCCACAUCGGACUCGAUGAGCUGGAGGCUCGAUUCCCCGAGGGCACCAGCGACGCCACCAGGGAGCUGUCACGGUGGAUCAUCGGCCGCCGCUUCACCGACGCACGGCAAGUGACCGACCUCAUCCGACAGCACGGCGCCGACCCAGAUGUCAUGACUGGGCUGGUGGGCAGGGACAGCAGUCGUGUCGUCUACGGCUACUCGCUCCUCGCCAUCGCCAUCGACAACAAGUCAGACUACACCGUCCCGACCAUCGAAGCAGAAGACAGUCAUGCUGUCCUCCGUCCCGUCGCACUGCCACAGUGGUCGUCUGAUGAGCUGCAGGCGGCGAUCCUCACCGCAAUCCUAGACGGAAGAGCCGACCCCAAUGCGGCAGCCGACGACUUGGAGAGAAUAGGCACGAAACACCAAGUGGCGAUUGCAUAUGGCAACCAGACGGCCUUCGACAUACUGAUGGCUCGUCAAGACAUCGACCUGCGCGCAGCAGACGAAUGGAUGGUGAUGGCGCUGCCCCAUCCCCUGCGUCCGCCUCCCAACGAGUAUCUGGAGCUGCUGCUGUCGAUGUAUCGGCAACUCAUCACACGAGACCCCACCCUCGCCACCGAAGAACGGUCCAACGGCGACAAUCUGGUGCACCAGGCAGCCAUCAACUCAAAUGCGCUCUACCCCCAGUCCUUCAUCGACAGCUACCUGGACCUCAUAGCGGCGAACGGCGCCGACAUGACGGCAGUCGAUGCCGGCUUUGGGGAGACGCCAAUGCACUACGCGGCAGAGUAUGGCUCUCCCUACGUGGCCGACUACCUCUGCCGCAAGCUGCCCGCUGACCAGAUCGACAGACGGGAGAACAACGGCCAGACGCCCCUCGCCACAGCUGCCGAGGAGCUCGAUUGGCGCACUCAAGAGCUUCAGGACCCGGAGACACCUGAGCACAUCAAGGAGCGGGAUCGCGCUGAGAUUGACAACUACAAGCGCAUCAUCCAUUCGCUGCUGCGGGCGGGGGCCGACAUCACCACCAUCCCCACCAUCCCCACAACCACAGAGGACCGUCGCCGUCAGCGCCAGCUGGUGCUGACAGAGUACCCCACAGUGCUCAACCAGCUGCCCACUGCCGUCAUGGCCGCCGUCAGCGCCGCCGUCAGCGCCGCCCUCGCCCCCCACCGCUCCCUCGCGGCCCUCCUGACCUCCCGGCUGGCCGUCGGCCCGCAGGAGGCCGCCAUCUUCGGCUGGCGCAUCGCGUCAUACCUCUUCGACAUGGAUGCCGCCCAGGAGGCCAUCGGUGAGGCCAUCGGUGUGCGGCACAGCGACAUGGCCCGCCGUGUGUGUGCGGCAGCGGAGCUCUUCGUCAAGUCGGCAGUGUACCAGGCCAGCAGCAACAGGGAGGUGGUGGGCGGGACGGCCGAUGUGGGCGGCC